GGCGGGGGAUGUCCACCUGGGGUCUGUUUAGGCACGGGGGGCUCCGCUGGACCUGACAUGCUGAGAAAAGCAGAAGAUCUGAGCUGUGAUCGUCCUCACGUUCCACCGAUCUGCAGUGAUUCCACUUCCUGUCUCUUUAAAGCCUGCAACAGUCUGACAACUCGAGAGAUGAAGGCGUUGACUUUGCAGCAGUCGCACUCAGGAGAGCAGCGACGUCCGCCAUUAUGUGGGAGAAGCUUAACUUCAAAUUAUUCUCCAUGUUUGGAGAAUAAGAUUUUGUCUCAGACCUCCAUCACGAAGCCUCCGUCUUUGCUCGUGAACGUCUCGGCCUCCUCUCUCCAGCCCUCCAAACUGUGCUCCACCUCCUCCUCCCUCCUCUCCUCCUCUUCCUCCACCACUUCACCUUUCCUCAGCACCCAAAACAAGCUCCUGGCUACUGAAUCACCCAGUCUCUCUUUCUCCCUGACCUCCUCUGCCCCCGAUAGCUCUUUGCUCUCCACAACCCUGACCACUUGUUCUCUCCUCAAUCGCUUUGCCCACCCUCCUUCAUUCCUGCGUCCUGAUGUAGGUGGGGAACAGAAAAGGGAAGACGAAGGAGACGAUGAGGAAAUAUCUGAGGAGAUGCAGUCCUCCUUUGGGGAAACGAGCAUGCAGCAGCGUGAUGAAGAUUACUUCCUGUCUGACGAAGAGGAGGUCGAGGCUGAUGCCAUCAUGGAGUUACCUGUCCCAGAAACAGAAACCAGCCCAGAACUCGAUGACUCUGUUGUCAUCAGGCAGGAGGAGUUUCCUGAAAUUGACUCAGGAAAUAAAAAGGCCGAAGAGGAGCUGAAAAAUAAAAAGUAUUUCCUGCUGAAUGCUGUGUGCUGCUCUCUGGUGAAUAAGAGCAACGCUCCGGGUCAGCAGGACUGGGACUCUGAGGACAGUGUUUGGACCUCCAUCAUAAAACUGGCCAAGGACAUCUCUGACUCUGACCCACAGUUUCUCCUGAAGGUUGCCGUUUACACCAGACAGGAGCUGAACAUCAGGAUCACGGCUAACUUCUUAUUAGCUCUUGCUGCCAAUCUGUCGCCCACCAAGCCUCACGUCCGCAGAUAUUUCAGCGCUGCCGUUCAGCUGCCCUCUGAUUGGCUGGAAGUCGUCAGAAUCUACAGCACAUGCUUCAGCCGCUCUCUGCCGGCGUGUCUCAAGAAGGCGAUGGCYGACAAGUUCAAGGAGUUCAGCGAGUAUCAACUGGCCAAAUACAACACACGCAAACAUCGCUGUAAACACAGCCGCAAGAAGCCUAAAGCAGCGAAACCAGAUGAAGGUGAGGUGGAGAAGUGGGCCUUCUUGCUCAGAUCAGAUCCUUCUUUUCUGGAGAGUUUUCUGCAGAMUGAUGUAGACAGACCAGUGGUGGACAAAAAGCAGAGCGAGUUCAGUAUGAAGAAGUUGAUCCACAAGCUUCACAUUAAAGAACCGGCGGAACUCGUAAUGGCUAUCCUGGGACGAAAGUAUCCCAGCGACGCCAAGGCGUUCGCCCGUAGUGGACUGAAAGGCUCGUGGGACAGAGAGCGAGCCGGGCAGCGAAUCAAACUGAAAGAGCCGCAGACGUGGGAGCGGCUGCUCAGCAUGGAGGGCAACAAGGCCGCCACCUGGGAGAAGCUCAUAGACAGUAAAUCUCUGCCGUUCAUGGCCAUGCUGAGGAACCUGAGGAACAUGAUCAGUAAAGGAAUCAGCGAGGCUCAUCACAGGAAGAUCCUCAGCAGGUUGACCAAUCAGAAAGCCGUCGUCCAGAGCCGACAGUUUCCCUUCAGAUUCCUCGCCGCUUACAAAGUCGUCAUGGAGCUUCGCGCUUUGGCCUCUGUGUCGCAGCAGGCGAUCCCUUCUGUAAAGGAAAUCCUGGUGAGCAUCCUGAAGAAGGUCCCAAAGAGCCCACGCUUCAGGAAUAUGAAGUGGGAGACGACCACGAGGAGAAGGUUGAAGACAUCGCUUCGCGUGCCCUUUAUUUAUCGAAUGUACAAAACGAGAAAAGCCCAACUCAUAAAAGCCAAUCAGAGGCUGUACACGGUUGAUCUGUUGGACCGUUACUGCCGAGCUCUGGAGACGGCGGUUCAGAUCUCCUGCCGCUACAACGUGCCCCCCCUACCGGGAAAAACCGUCAUCAUACUCGGUUGUAACAUGUCGACCGACGUGUCCUGGAGCAGGAAGCAGGACUUCUGUCUCCCUGUAGAACCCGAACAGAAAGAGGACGAGGACAAGGAGGAGGAGGAGGAGGGAGAAGCUUCAACCAGAAGGAGGAAGACGCAGGAGGAAGAGCACGACCCCCUCACUCCUACUAGGAUGGAGGUGGCAGCUUUGCUCGCUCUGAUGAUCAGCAGCAGCGCUGAAGAUUAUCAGCUUUGCUUGUCCGUGCACGGCCGCCGUAAGGAAGUCCAGCUGAAGACUGACGUCCUUUUGGACAACGUCAAAACUCUGAUGAAGGAAGUGAAGACAUUUUCUGAAAAUACAGCUGGUGAUGCCGAAGAUGAUUUCUGUUUCAAAUUGUUCACCAAGAAAAACAAGAUCGACAACAUUAUUGUGCUGGCUGAUUCUUGGAUUGACAGUACAUUGAGUUGGUGCAUCAGCAACUACAAGAAAGAAGCAAACAACAAUGCUCUGGAAUGUUAUGUCUUCUUGUCAACCGGCUAUUGUCAAAUGUCAGAAGACACCCAGUUCAAGAACAGGAACCGUGUUGUCCUGCGAGGCUUCAGUGAGCAAACACUGAGAUUUGUUGCAGAGCGAGGUUCUUCCAGGCUGCUGGAUCACGUGGACCACCUGGACAAACUGUACAACAUCCCACCGGACGGUUCUAAAGAACUACAAACUUCUAACAAACUUGUUUCGAUGCCACCCAGCCCCAAAUUAAGGUGGAGAGGAGUCCGAGUCUUCGUCUCCUCCACCUUCAGAGACAUGCACGCCGAGCGGGACGUCCUGGUGCAGAGCGUCUUCCCGGAGCUCCGCCGUCGCGCCGCGGCACACCGCCUCCACCUGCAGGAGGUGGAGCUGCGCUGGGGCGUGACGGAGGAGGAGUCUGAGCGAGCCGCCGAGCUGUGUCUKUCAGAGGUGUGUCGCAGUCAGUUGAUGGUGGGGAUUCUGGGCGAGCGGUACGGCCAGGUGCCCCCCAGACCUGUUCUUCCUGACCUGCCACAGUACAGCUGGAUGGCCUCUGCUCCGGAUGCCAUGUCCAUCACUGAGAUGGAGAUCCGUCAGUUUCAGGCUCUGUAUCCCGACACGACACCGCAGCGAAUGUUCUGCUACUUCAGAGAUCCAAACAUCAUCAAAUCGAUUCCUGUAGCUUGGAGAUCAGAUUUUGCUGCAGAAUCAAAAGAGGCUGCGGACAAAUUGUUGUCUUUGAAGAAAAGAAUUUAUGACUGGAAAGUCAAAGUCACUGAAAAUUAUUUAUGUGAGUGGGGAGGCGUGAAGGAAGGAAAACCAUAUCUGAAAAACCUGGAGGAGUUUGGAAAAGCUGUGCUGGAGGAUCUCUGGAUGGCUGUGCAGAAGCUGUUUGUGGAAGAAAGCGAGGAGGACGAGGCUGCGUCUGAGACGUUUGAGCAGGAAGUCCAUCAGGCGGCGCUGCAGAGGCAGUUCUUCGGCAGGGCUAAGCUUCUCUCAGCUGCUGUGGAGGUGGUGGAUAAAGUCAAAAUCAAAGGAGGGGUGAUGGUGGUAGAGGGGGCAGCUGGAGACGGAAAAACUGUCUUCAUGGCUGCUCUUGCAGAGAAGCUUAGAAAUGGAGGGAAAUCCAAAAGAAAAAGCCACUGUGAUGUCAUCUCCUACUCUACAGCUGCCAGCCAAUCAGCACGCUCGGUGGAAAACCUCCUUCGGUGCCUCUUGCAGUGGCUGAGGAAAAUAAAAGCAGCAGAAGAAGAACCACCUUUUCCACACACGUACAAAGACUUGCUGUCAGAGUUUCACUCCAUCCUGAGAGAAAUGAAGAAACCUCUGCUGGUGUUGGUUGAUGGAGUGGACCUCCUUCRGGACAGCAGAGGACAGCUCAGCUCUGAUUGGAUCCCUCAGCUGCUYCCACAAGGUGUGUGUUUGGUGCUGAGCAUCAGGACCAAAUCAGCUCUGUUAAAAACUCUGACCGUGAGAAUCGGGACGGUCCUGUUCUCCCUGGGACAGCUCACCCUGCCGGACCGGAAGGAGAUCGUUCAGAAGGAGCUGGGCGUCUUUGGGAAGAAGCUCAGCGACUCUGCGUUCAACAACCAGCUCCAGACGUUAAUAACAAAGAAAGGAGCGGCGAGUCCUCUCUAUCUGCACCUGGCUUGUGAGGACCUGAGAAACUUCGCCUCCUUUGACAAGCUGAAGGAGAACCUGCAGGAUUUGCCUCAGUCUCUGAGCCAACUGGUCCAGUUCAGCCUGGAGAGACUCUGCUCCGAGUACAGAGGCAUGCUGGGAUUCCGCUUGGCCCUCGCCGUUCUUGCUGUCAGCCACUCAGGCUUGAAGGAGAGAGAUCUGUACUUGGUUCUGAACACGUGUAACGAUUUGUCGUCACUGGGCGAACAGCUCACGUGGGAAGAAGUGCUGCAGCUGUCCAGGAAAACUAAAGGACGGGUCCCCAUGGCUGUCUUUACACGUAUUGUGGAGCGUUUAGAAAGCCUGAUUGGUCCGUCCCGAUGCCACAACACUGACGACCUGCUGACCCUGAACAACCCGGAGGUGAAGCRAGCCUUUGAGGACUUUCUCCUCCCAACAGAGAGCGACAGAAGCAGAGCCCGCUUCCUUCUGGCAGGUCACCUGUGGGCGACGGCCGACCCUCAGGGAAAAGACACGUUCCUUCACUGUGAGGCCGACUCGGUCAGGCAGCUGCCUUCCUGCCUGGUUGGAAGCGGACAACUGAAGGCGCUUCAUUCUCUGCUCUCAAACUUUUAUUUCCUGCACGCUAACGUGAGCCUGGGCCUCCUGCAGCACCUCCUGGAGACGUACAGGCUGUGUGAAAAGGAGCAAACAUCGCCCCCUACUUUGGAGCUGCAGCACCGUCUGGAGGACUGYCGUGGUUUCCUGCAGCGCCACGCCUCCACGCUCUCAGCUUGGCCGGCGCUUUUCAUCCAGCAGGCGCUCAACGAUCCCCCAGAAACCCCGGCUCAUGUCUGGGCUGAAGGUCUGGUGGGACGAGGAGGAGGAGUUCGAGUCGUCGAGUGUCUGAACAGAGACGCUAAAAUCAGUCAAGAAAUCAGUGAUCUGGUGUCGUCCUUCUCCUCUGAACCAACCUGCUUGGUCCUGAGUUCAGACAAACAGCUGAUGGUCGUCGGUACCGGGCAGGGAACGCUGCACGUUCUGAGCACGCAGACCGGACAGGAGAUAAAGUCUCUGACGAGCAGCUGUGACGGCAUCUCCAGCUGCAUCUUUCUGACCGACGGGCGGCUCGCCUCCACCUCCUUCAACGGACGGAUCGAGGUCUGGGAUGUGGAGAACGGCUGCAGGACUGCUCUCAUCCACGGCCACACCAACACCAUAACAGCGAGUGACAUCAGCCCAGACAGGAAACACCUCGUAACUGUGUCUCUAGACUUCAUGCUGAAGGUGUGGUCUUCUGCUAAAGGUCAUGAAGUGGCCUCAYUGCCCAGCACCAGCCCUUUGAACUGUGUGACCUUUGACCCCGAGGGUCACCUGCUGGCUGCAGGCUGCUGGAACGGAAACAUUGUGGUGUGGAACUGGCUCCAGAAUAAAACAAUGACUUCCCUGUGCGGUCACCAGCGUUCGGUGCGCAGCCUCUCCUUCUCCCCCUCCUCCAUGCUCUGCUCCGGCUCGGUGUCCGGCGAGGUGAGGGUGUGGUCGGUGCACACCUCCACCUGCGUGGGAUGUUUCCAGGCUCACGGCGGGGCCACCGAGGCCCUGACCUUCCUGCAGGGAGGAGCCAUGCUCCUGAGCGCCGGCUCCGACCACACGCUCAAGCUCUGGUCAGGAGGACUUGGUCGAUCAGUCGCAAUAUUAAAAAGUGACGACUGUGAUCUGGAGCCGCCUCAGAAGAAACUGAAGUCGGUAACGUCGGAGGCGCCGGCGCUCUGCGUGGCGGUGAACGGAGACUGCGUCGCUGUGGGUUACCAUGGAGACGGCAUCAAACUCUUCAGCCUUGAGUCGGGUGAGAAGACGUGGGUCACACCGGACCUGGGCGUGUCCGUCCCCUGCCUGCUGUGGGUUUCUGUGGACUCGGAGCAGAGCGAGCCGGAGCUGCUGGUKUCUGGAGGGAGCGACAAACGUUUGAGGCUGUGGAGGAGAGAGGAGGGAACGAUGGGAGGCCUGAGGACUCUGGGGACGUUCGGGGUGCAGACGGACACCAUCCUGGCUCUGGUGCAGAACUCCACCUACCUGGCUGCAGCUUCGGAUGAUUUCUCCGUUGUGCUGUGGCUGUUGAAGGAUCUGAAUCAGGCCUCGUCGAUCGCUGCACACGAGGUGCUGAGGGGUCACAGAGGAGGAGUCACCUGUUUGGCUUUUAGUCCAGAUGGAUCGCAGCUGCUGUCCGGUGCAAAAGAUCAGGCUCUGCUGGUUUGGGACGUCAGCUCGUCUCCUGCUGCUCUUUCUAAAUCUCUCCUUCACGCUCACAGAGACUGGAUCACCGGCUGCGUUUGGACCUCCGACUGUGUUAUAAGCUCUUCGAAUGAUGGCAGACUUUGUUUGUGGGACCUGGAGGCAGGUUUGUGUCUCAGAGAAAUCUCCUGGAAGAAUCCACUGACCUGUGUCUGCUGCCUGGAUCAGCACGUGAUCGCUGGAUGUUCAGAAGGCUCUCUGCAUGUUUGGGAUUGGAAAACAAACUCRGAGAUCUGCCACAUAUCGGCUCACAAGCAGCGAAUACACCAUUGCUCUGUCCUAAACACCGACAAGAUAAAAGAAACAAAACCAGAAGAACUAAGUGUUUUCACAGCAUCUGACGAUGGAACGGCACGGCUCUGGAAACCUUUACAGGUGGAGCACUUCAGCACCUUCCAGGGACACAGCGGUCCAGUUCACGGAGUCGCUCUUAAGAACGAACUCCCAGAAUUCCUCACGGUUUCUGCAGACUGCUCCCUGAGGAGCUGGACCUGGACCACAGAGGAUCCUGUGAACCUAAAAGGCCCCAUUUCAGCUCUGUGCCUCUCAGAGAUGGAGGAUUUAGUUCUGGUUGGUUAUGAAUCCGGUUUGCUGGAAUUGUGGCAAAAGAAUGCACUCGUUGGACACAAGCAGGCGUCAGACGGACCCAUCUUGGCRGCCGGUUCGAUGCCUGACGGGCAGUUCGCUGUAAGCUACAUGAAUCACAUGGUUGUUGACGUGUGGAAGCGGGCGUGGAACCAACAACACACUAAAGCAAGUCUGGUGAAGGUCGCCACGCACAAAGUAUCACAYCCGAUGGUUCGGUUCGUUUACUGCUCGGUGCUGAUCGGCGUCACAGAUGCGGGGUUCAUUAGCAUCGUGCCGACGUCUGAUGAGGACAUCUGGAGACAAACAUGCAGCAACUGGAAUGAGAGCGUCUCUGUUCGAGGCAUCGUUCGAAACGACGAGAAAAGCGCGUGGCUGUUGGGAGAGGAGAACGGAGAUGUUUGCUUCGGCUUUAUUUUUUGGCUCGGCCCUGACACCACUCUACAUUCAUCCUUCAGCUCGGUACAAAUGAAGUGUAAUGAAGACAAAAUGGGAGCUCUUAUAACAGCUUUGACCAUAGACCGAGAGUUCGUGGUGUGUGGAGAUGUGGAUGGAAACAUUUGGUUCAAUCAGCAGCCAGAUAUUUCCUCCUGGAGCAACAAAAAACUCGCUCACAGUGACAGAAUUACUAAUCUGAGACUGACGGACAGAACCAUCGUCUCCGCCUCCUACGACCGAACCGUGAAGCUGUGGGACCGAAACACGAAGAAACAGGUGGGAAUGUUUGUGUGUGGAGGUCCGGUUCUGUUUCUGGAGAUGGACCCGAGGAAACCCGGGGAGCUGGUGUGCGCUGACGGACAGGGAAAACUUUACUUCCUGUCCUGGAAAGAGUAGCCAUCUUUAUAUAUUUACAAAACCAGAAUGUAGUAAAACUUUAGUGCAAUUAUCAAAGCUUGAAAGUUGGUUUUCCUGCUUAUUGCUUUGCAUUAAAGAGCUGAUGACACGAUAUUCACAUUUUUUGCCAUUUUUUUUUAUAAACCAAAAAGUCCCUCCUGAAGAUCUAAUAAUUACAAGCGCGCCUGUAUAACAUCCUUGUUUUCAAAAAACAGGGCAAAUUUAGGAGAAGUGUAGUGUCUAUUAUUGUCCGAGGAAGAAAGCAGAAGUGACGUCGCCGCCAGAAAUCCCCUCAGCUUUGUUAAAGCUAGUAGUUUCGUAGUGAAAGGAAACGGACGGACGGAUAUUUCUUGAAGUUUUCGGAGUUUUGAUGGUUUUAAAUAACAAUAAUACCUUCACAUCAUAGCUUAUCACAGGAUUUUGUUSGAACGCCCACAAGAACGGUGUUAUUUUUUUCCUAAGGAUUCUGAGCUUCGUCUGAAGUGUGUGAAGCAGGUCAAGACUCACGAGAAGUGAAGCCUACCGUCGCGUCURUGCUCUGAACAUUUUCAGUCGGACUCUUUUCAUUUUGUCUCCACUUUAAAAGAGUCACUCGGUUGUUCAGUACAACAUAAACGUGUGUUGCUGCCGACGGCGUGGGCAGGGAGAGGGGUGCGCAAACAUGCGCCAGUGGCAGCGUUCCAACCAGGCCGAGCAGCACGGUGGAGCGACAGCUGAGACCGGUCCUGCCAGAACCACGUCCAGCUGCAGAUCACAACUCACCCCCAGAGCUUGUGUCGUCAACGAAACAAGAUUACGGUCCUUGCUGAUGCCACAGCAGAAUAU